AUGUUGAUCGAACAAAUUCCAACUUCAUCCACAUCCUCAGAUGCCGGCGCCGAGAGUGGCGACCAGGAAACCUCGUUCGAGACCCAAGUCGAAAACCCUAGCCCAUCCUUUCAACCUCCACCACAAACCAGCGUCGCCGCUCCACCUCCCGCGGUGGAAGAAGAGACACUACGACGCCUCGAUAAAAUCCUCCGGAGUAUACCCUCCAAGAUGGACAAUGCGGCCGCUUACGCCGCACUCAAAGUUAGACUCGGGAUUUCCCGGUCUAAAGAGCCUGCUUCGUCUUCUAAAACAAAAACCCCACCUAGCUCUCCUACAUCGCCUCCGCCUACAUUCCCCCUUCCUAGCUCUCCUAUAUCACCUUCACCAUCUACCGUCCAACCUUCACCUCCGUCCCCCAUCCAGCCGAUGAGCACCAGCGAGGACACCUCUGACGAAGAAAGAUGGGGGGGAUUAUGGGCAGCCGUUUGCUAUUCCGUCACCAGCAAACGGUGGCACCUCCACUUCGAUCCAUGA